UCAAGAUUCAUAAUGCUGUUUUCUAAAAGCUACAUUUUUCUUAGUCACACUACAGCUCCAAAACGGCGUUUUUAGAAUUAGCCUCUUUGAUUGGAUUUGAAAUGAUGCGUUUUCAGAGGUGGGAAAACUCCGUUUUAGUGUGUUUAAAUGGGAAAACGUAGAAAAGCCGAUGUUAGUGUGGACUAGUCCUGUAGUAGCCGUACGAAAACACAACGACCAAAGGUCGACUCGAAUUCGUUUUCGAAUUUUGUUAUUUUAGCCAACUUCCUGGAAACAAUUUUCACGUUUCAUUUUGGGCAGUAGAUCUAGUCUGAUGUUUGAAGUUGAAUGAUCUUAAUAGCCCACUGUUUUAUAAAAGUUUUACUUUUUAGUAUUUUGUUUUUUUAACCUUUGUAUGUACAAAAUAUCCAAGGAGAUAUAGAAGAAACUUUCGAAGUGUUUAAAACGGAUUGUUUUUAAACAGUGAGAUUACAGUGUCAUUUCAAUAAGAAUGGAUUUUCAGAAAUAUUUAACCCGCAUCGGCUGCUCUGGUCCGUGUCCUCCGACGAUAGAAACGCUGCGAACAAUCCAUUUAAAUCACUUAUUGACAGUUCCUUUCGAAGACCUUACCAUUCACAUGGGCGAACGUGUCAGCUUAGAACUUCCAUCGCUCUAUGAAAAGAUUGUUUUAAAAAAUCGUGGAGGAUUUUGCUAUGAAAAUAAUGGGCUUUUCUCUUGGCUUUUGAUUCAGCUGGGAUUCGACGUUGAUAUCCUCGCUGCGCAGAAUCGUGACGUUUUCAAGAAAGUGAGCAUGUUAAACAGUGGGAGUCUUAGCCUGGUUAAGUUGGCAACGGCACUGGGCGUGUCUGGUACUCUCUACUUUAUGUCAGGAACUGUUAUUGCUGCCAGUGAUGCCAAAGAAAGAAGUGAUUCCUCCCUAAUGAUCGAGGAGCUAUCCCUCUACACCACACCACACUCCCAAGUGAAGUAUGUAGAAACAGAGGUUGGCCAUGUGGAGCAUGGAAUAGCAUCACUGAGGAGAACAGCAGAGCCCUACACUGUAUGGUGUCAGGAGAAGAUAUUAUAUGCCCAGGAAAAAGCAGAGGAGUUUUAUAAGACCAUAGAGCCUGGUAUUAAUGUGUCUAUAAGGACUGCAAGAGACACCUAUGAGUUUCUGAACAGUCCUCCACCUGAGUUCUACCCAGGUGUUGGUGUUGUGGGCUUUUCUGGAAUCCUAGGACUUUACCUCGCCAAAGGCUGCAGGGUGAAAGGGCUGCUCUUCCCUGCUGGGUUGAUGGCGCUGAGUGCCUCCAUGCUCUACCCCCAGCAAGCUUCAUCAGUGGCUAAGGUGAUGAAAGACCAGUUGUUCAGUUGGAGUUCACAGGGUCACAUGGUUUGGGAGGGGCUGUGGAAGGGAAAAUGAGAAAUGAAGCCAUAGACCAAAGGCAGUCGAACGGUCAUGACGAUGAGAGCAGUGAAGGCUGUGUACAUCAUCCAUUUGUCAGCAUUGGUCUCUAAGGGGAUGUUCACACAGCAGUUAGAAGUGGCCCAAAUCCGAUUUUCUGACCAAAUUUGGAAUAAUAUGUUGGGCUGUAACAAUUAAACGGUUGCUGCUGAAGACAACAAUGAUAAAAAAAUAUAUAUAGUACAAAUUAAAAUAUUGUCUGGCUAUACUGCCAGUGAAAUCCUCCUUUACUGUUAUAUUAUAUUUUUCCUUCCCGGCAGUGUGAAAGUGUUAAGGUGGGUCGAUGUAAAAGUCAUGUAUCAGACAUGGAUUUUGCUAUCACAUCUGAAAGUGGCCCAAAUCGGAAUUCAAAAUGACAGAUUCAUUGUUGCUUUUGCUAUUCAUUCUGCCAUCCAAAUGACAAAUCUGUGGAGGAAUAGAUCAGAUUAGAACCACAUUUACCUGCCUUUUGAACAUGCACCUUUAUCUUUUAACAUCCUUGGACACUUAGGGUAUUUUUGUAACAUUGAACAUUUUUGCAACCAUGAAGAAAUGCAGAACUAUUUCAAGUAUGAAUGUUAUGUAGAUGCCCUAUAAUAGACACGUCUUUCAAACAUCUUGUUCUCAUAGUGCAUGCCUGCUGUGACUUGUAAGAAAAUAACUUGCUGCGUGUCUUUGGCACUCAUGAUCACUUGCAUGAAUUGUAAACAGUCAAACUAAUCUACAACUUCGGGGUUGCUCAUACCAUCUCAGCUGAAAUAAGUACAGAGCAUAUGUGCAUGCAACAUGUCGACAAACAUCUUUAAAAAGAACCUUUUGUUCACUAAUAUUGAAACAGUAUUUGUUUUUUGUCACUACUAAACCUCAUUAAAAUUGGUCAUUUAAUUAUGGUAGUUUGUAAUAUUAAUAAAGAUGGUUAGACAGAUGUCAAGCCCUAGUCGGCACCUAGCCAGCCACCCACACUUGCACACUGAUCACCAGUUUGUAUCCACCAAUCGCACUCCCCCAGUCAUGUUCCUGAUCCCAGUUGCACACUUACUGUAUGUACUGUUUUUUUGUUUUCUUUUCCCAAUUUAUUCCUGCAGGUCCCCAUCCUCAGCGCUUCGCAUUAGCCUCUGCAAGAGACUGUGCCGCACAAUUCUAAGCUUGUCUUGCUUUCUAGCCUGCAUCGUGCUGCUAGCCUCCGGGCAUAGUUAAGCAAUAGCUUCUUUGUAAUACUCACACCCAUUAUUUUAUU